UCAGCACCUGCUCACCUCCUUCAUCCAAACUGACACGAGUUGGAGGAAUUACGUUCAGCAUCAAUCCCUUCCGAUCCUCACUCCGCGCCUGCUUCUCCCUCAACCGCAUGUGCUUCGUUUGAACUGCGGUUAUGCUCCAGUGGUCUGGCAGUCCGAGACAGCGCUACAUUCAACAGCGUUCAUCACCGUCGCGAGACAUGCGUGCGCAACUGACUCUAGGAGUGUUUAUACUGUUUCUAGCUGUGCGGCAAACACACACGACUGAAUCCGCCAGCGCUCAUGACACAUCACAGGAGAAAUCCCUCAACAUCCACAAGAAAAGACUGUCUCUGCAGAACACAGCGGAGAUUCAGCAGUGUCUGGUGAACGCUGGUGAUGUGGGCUGCGGGAUGUUUGAGUGCUUCAAUAACAACUCCUGCGAGAUCCGCGGACUACAUGAUAUCUGCAUGACGUUCCUCCACAAUGCUGGCAAAUUCGACUCCCAGGGGAAAUCGUUUAUUAAAGACACGCUCAAGUGCAUGGCCCACGGACUGCGCCACAAGUUCAGCUGUGUCAGCCGCAAGUGUGUGGCCGUGAAAGAGAUGGUGUUCCAGCUUCAGCGCGAGUGUUACCUCAAACACAACCUCUGCUUGGCCGUGAGGGAGAACGUCAACGUCAUGGUGGAGAUGAUCCAUUUCAAGGACCUGUUUCCUAAAGGGCCUCAUGUGGAGUUAGUGAACAUCCUGCUGGGAUGCGGUGAGGAGGUACGAGUCGCCAUCGGCCGCCGAAUACGAACGCAGUGCGAGCAGAACUGGGGAGCUCUGUGUGGGACCCUAAGCCUCUGUGCCCUUGGAAAGGUGGAGAACCAGGCCAGCUCCACCCUAGCCCCCGUCCCAGAUGUCACUACCACACCAGGAGCCAACACAAACGCCCUCCAUCCCACGAGCUUUCCUCACCCAGAGGCUGAUGGUCAAGCGGUCUGGACGCUCACAGAAACUCGUGAAGAGGAAAAUCUCUCCUCAGGUCCUCAAGACAACUCCUCUGAUGCCCAAAAAGAGCUGAAGAGGUCUCCGAAUGCCACCAAAAGGAGGUGAAGGGAAGAGCAGUCUCUCAUACAGUUGAAGUCAGAUCUUUUAGCCCCCUGUAUAUAUUUUUUCGCCAAUUUCUGUAUAACUGAUUU